AUGGGCACUGGACGAUGCCCCGGGGCUAUCCUGAUCUUCAUUUGGGGGAGGAUAUCUGCAGUCCAAUUUUCGCUUCCUGCACAGAGUACAUUUUGGGAUGCUCUCAUCACACUGACCGUUGUGUCAGAAUAUGAGUCUUUCUUCGCUGGUGGCUUACUGGCAUCCGGAAAGGCCGCUUGA